UUCUUUUCACGUCGGAACGAUUAUUUAGUAGAAAUAACACCCGUUCGAUCCCGCGUACACUUUGUUUUGGUACCCGACCCCCCGUGUGUGUGUUCACGAUGGUACGUUCCAGCCCCCCAUCUGUUCGCCUUGUUGUGAAAUCGUGAUUGAAGCAGAUCCGAGUGCUGAAGUCCACCGGGUCGCGAUGGCAACCGAGCAAGUGUUACUGUUCAGCUAAACAAAGUUCUAUGGCACGACGAAACGACGCGUUAUUACGGCUUGGGACGCACGACACUUAAUGUGAGAGAUACCGCGGUGUAUUUUCGGAGUAAAAAGAUGUCCCAGAGAUUCUGUAGAGUUUCUGUGCAGGAGAUCCAGUCUUGGUGGGAAGUCCCUGCCGUCGCACACUUCUGCUCACUCUUCAGGACGGCGUUCAACUUACCUGACUUUGAAAUCGAGGAGCUGGAAGAAGCGCUGCUGAAACAGGACGGAGAUUUCCUCUCGGAGCUCGUCUGCUGUCUCCUGCAGGGAUGUUACCAGCGAAGCGACAUCACGCCUCAGGCUUUCCGCAGAUAUUUGGAGGACAUCAUCAACUACCGCUGGGAGCUGGAGGAGGGAAAACCGAACCCUCUGAAAGAGAGACGUUUUGAAGAGCUCCCAGUCCGCACACAGGUGGAGAUCCUGCACAGGCUGUGCGACUACCGUUUAGACGCCGCCGACGUCUUCGACCUCCUUAAGGGUCUAGAGUCAGACAGCUUGCGUGUUGAACCUUUGGGUCAGGAUGGACACGGUGCCCUUUACUGGUACUUCUACGGCACCCGCCUGUAUAAAGAGGAACCGGUCAAGAAGCAGCUCGGUGAAAUCUCUGAAAUAAGAGCGCCUGAGAAAAAACGGAGGGGAAGACCACCGAAAAAUAGGCACGAAGACUCGUCGGCGGUAGAGACAUCUACAAAAGACGAAGAGAACAGAGCGGAGGAGCCGCAGCUGACUAAAGGGCGUGAGCGUGGAACCUGGUCUCUGGUGUGUGAAAGUGAAGAGCAGUGGACCAGGCUGGCUGAAAGCAUUAAGGACAAAACCUCUCCUCAGGACCGGCACCUGUUUCGCAUCAUUACCCAGAACUUCCUGCCUGAGAUCAGCUGCAUGAUCAAGCACAAGGAGAAAGAGCAGCUGCAGAAACUUUUGAAUCCUCCCGUACGAAACUCUCUGAGGCUUUCCGACAAGCACGUCUUUAAAAAGGAGGAGGCUGGUUCUGAGGUGGAUCUAAAACAGAGAGAGGAGGACUUGGAAAGGCAGGCUUUACUCGCUGAGCAGCGUCGAGAAGAAGAACGACUCCUUCAAGAGGAGCGAGAACGAGAGGAGCUAGAGAGGGCAAAAGCAGCUGAAGAGCGAUCUCGGAGAAGAAAGCAGCGUGAAGAGAGGGCGUGGCUGCUGUCUCAGGGGAAGGACUUGCCGGCUGAGCUGCUCCACCUGGACCCCCACUCGCCCGUCCGGCGUACCCGUCGCACCAAUGAGCUCUAUGAUAUCGAUGACGACUACGCUGCUCUUUACAAAGUGCUGGAGGCUCUGAAGGCUCACAAAGACUCUUGGCCGUUCAUGGAACCCGUGGAUGAAUCCUAUGCCCCUAAUUAUCAUGAGAUCAUUGAGAAUCCUAUGGAUCUGUCCACCAUUGAGAGAAAAUUAAAUGAUGGCGAGUACGUUGCCAAGGACGAGUUCAUAGCCGACAUGAAGCUCAUGUUUGAGAACUGCCUGGAGUACAACGGAGAGGGGAGCGAGUACACCAUAAUGGCAGAGUCCCUGGAGCGUUGUUUCAGCAGAGCCAUGCUAAAACACUUCCCGUCAGAGGACGGAGACACCGACGAGGAGUUUCAGUUGAGCAAGGAGGACCGCGACCGUGAGCGAAAGGACAAGAAGAAGAGUAAAAAUAGCCGGCACUCGGGGCCCGACAGCUUGAUCCGGGCCACAGAGCAAGCGCAGAAACGCAAAGCAUCUAGUGGGGGUAAAGGAGGCAACCACCCCCAGGAGAACGGCUACAACUUUGCUUCUGGACCACCCGGUUUCCAGUACAGCAACAGGCCCACACAUCCUUACAACGUGAACACAGGACAGCCUCGCUCUGCGAACAAUCCACUGCACGCCAUGUACCAUCCCUCACAACAGCAUCAGCGACAUCAAGGUCCUCCAGGACCAGGAAUGUAUGGCCAAGGUAUGAUGAUGGACCCCAGAUAUCCGUAUCCAGGACAGAGACCUCUCAUGGGUAGAGCUCCAGGAGCUCCCCAACACAUGUCUCAUUAUUCUAUGCAGGGUCCGACUACACAUGGUCCGCACUUUGGUCCGAGAUACCCGAUGGGACCUGAUUCUCGUCACCUUCAUCCUCAAAACCAACAACAUUCCUACAUUGGUCCCACUCAUGGCCCAUCGCUAGGACCAAGACCAGUAGCCCUUCAGUCUGGAGGAUUGUGUACCACUCCGUCCGAAGGAGACAUGUAUCGACCUCAACAUCACCCAGAGGGGCAGCCCAUGGGGAAUGGUUACCCUAGGUCCCUGCACAACUCCUUCACUACUUAUGGACCUCCACCCACUCCUUACGGUUCUUGGCCAGGCUCGAACCAGCAGCAGCUUGGACGACCAAUGAUGCAGGAACAGGCUAUAGGUGGUCAGCACCCAUACGGUCAUGGCAUGAUGCGUCCUCCACACAAUGCUGGAUAUCCCCCUUCUAAUGGCCAGUACAGGAUGUCAGCAGUUAGCUCCCAGGGACCCAUGCCCCACAGACCUCCCAUGACCUCUCCAGAGCCCAGACCACAUGUGGGAUCAAUGAUGGACAGCCCGGAGAUGAUUGCCCUGCAGCAACUGUCAGCAUCGUCCACUCGCCACAGCGUUGGAGGUUACCAGGAAACUACAGCAAGGAAAGCUAAUAUGGCAACAGCUCCUGAAAGCCAGAACACAAGGUCUGCAGAAGAUAGCCAAGGUUCUGACAGAGUGUCUAAAGGUUUAGGGGUGGAACUGGCAAAUAAACAGCAGAACGAGGAGUCCAAUUGCUCACCUUGUCCUGGUCCAGCUUUGGUCCCUGAACAUCCCAAUGGUGCCCAGCAGAGCCCUAGUGCCACAAUGUGGGGUGGCUCACCACAGAGGUCUUCAGCAGAGCUUGCACCAACUGUGCUAUCCACACCGAAAAAAGACGGAUCACAGCUGGAAGGAGAAAGCAUCGGAGCCAGACAAAUUAGUCCCGUCUCUCAGGUGGAACCUCAGUCUGAAUCCCAGUCACAGAAAUAUCAAGAUUCCUCACACUCUUCUAAUAAUGGUCCUGUGAAGAUCACUCAGAACAACUCGGAUAUGUCCGAACAAAUGUCUUCCACCCUUCUUUCAGAGGUCUCCAAAAAUGGCCCUCUAAAUGUUCCUCAACGAAUGUUGCCCAGUAACACUCAGCAAGUUCCUCAAGGUGUAUCUCCACAGUACCCUCACAGCGGGACACUACACAUGUCUACUAAUGCUCCUCACCAGCAGAUGCCCCAAAAUGCAUCUGUUUGUGGUCAACAGCCAGGACCUGUCCAUGGCAUGCCACAGUCUGUACCUCAAGGGUCACAGCCAGGUGCUCAACACCCUGCCACUUUAAUUUCACUGCCUUCCAGCCACCCUGUUUCCCAACCUCUUGCUCAACCCUCUCCUGCUGAACGUGGUGACCAGAGACCCAGUGAGCCUACACGGGAGCCUGAGGGAAGCUCUGGUGGUCUCAAUCCCGAUAUGAAGAAUGCCCUUGCCAAUGUCAACGGCCAGUACAAACAGCAGCCUUUUAGCCCAGAAUUACAAACCCAGAUAAACAGGCCAGAACAGGCACCACCACAAGGACACACACCACCAAAUCACCCUCAUGGUCCAGAGACCAACACUAUGGUUCAGUUUGGCAUGGCCAAUCCACAUUAUACCAAAUACAUGGGCAGACCAGCACCCCCAUCUUCUCAUCUGCCUUACCCAAACCAAGCGCCACAGUCUCAAUCUAUGAGCCCUCAUCACAAUUCUGCCCAUUAUUCUCCAUAUCAGCAAGGUGCAGUCUAUCAGUACCACAUGGGUCCCCAGCACCCUCAGGCCCAUCCCAGCAUGCAUGCUUCAUACCAGCAGCAACAGCAGUACUAUCCCCAGCACCAGCAAAACAGCAGACCUGGUUUCCCAGCAAGAGAAUGGCCUAGAUCCCAGUACCAGCCUCAUCCCCCAAUGAUGCCCAACACUUACCUACCUGCUGCAGGUUCUGGCAUAAAUGGUCGGCAGAAGGAGAACACCAUGUCUCCUCUGGGCUCAGAUGGUUCUGGUGGGAACGUUAUGUCUCCGAAUCUUCUUACUGAUGCAUCCCAGGGCAGCUCCACUGAGAAUCAGGAGGGCACCACCCCGGCAAAACAGGCAAGGACUGAGGACAACUCCGAUCUGCCUGAAAGCCCAAAAGAGAUACUGGAUCUAGACAGCCACAAUGCUGCAGCCCACCGGCGCAGCUCUGCUCAGCCCCAACACAACUACCCCUACGAUCCACGGGCCAUGCAUCACAGCAUGCAACAGGGUGGAGCUUCCCAACCUCAUGGUGUGCCAGGUGGACCAUACUCUAGGCCUCAGAACCCAAGCGGACAUUUUGGUCCUCACAAUCCUCACCCUCACUUGAUGGAGGCACUGCAGCGGCCCCAGCACCUGCCCUACACACCAGGACAGACUAUGUACCGUCACCCACAUGCUGCAGGUCACUUUCAAGGCAUGAUGUUGCAUCAGAGAAGCAUGAUAUCGGAACACAUAUAUCAUCCACGGCAACACCUGAUGAGUGCAGCAGCUCCAAGUGGUCCUGGCAGUAAGCAGGGAGUGUGAAAGGUAACGGACAAAUCAAACGGAAAAGGCUGAGCAAAGACCUGCACCAUUUCCUCAACUAAAAAAAUAAAUAAAUCAAAUUUUGUUGCUGGCAGAAGUAUCUGUGAAAAGACACGUGUGGUUUUUGGCUUGUGUUUGUGUCCUGGAAUGUACAGCUUCCUCUGGACUGCAUAGACUAUCUCUAUGGGCUGAAAUGUGGUCGGGCUGCGACUUGCCCUAUCUGUAUAUACGCUCCCUAUGUUUGAGAGCUUCUGCACUUUGGUGGCGAGUACCGACCCUCUGACAUAGUAGGAUGUACAGCUCACAGGAUCCUCUGCAUGCGCAGCUACGUGGAAAGACGUCAGAGGGUCGUGGAGUAACUCGAUGUUCUUUUCCAAAGUCAAACUCAGGUGUUGAAAAGAAGGUACUUGGGGCGUCUUCAUUCUCCAUGGACACACUGGAAACUGUUGCCUUUUGCAUCAUCGUUGAAUGUUUGUGUGUGUGUGUGUGUGUGUGUGCAUGAAUGUAUGAACGAACACUAAUAUAGAUUACAGUGUGGCGAGUGGAUCAGCUUACUGCUCUCCACCUUUAACUUGUUCAGAUUUUCAAGUAGUCUUGCAAUAUGAUAUCUUGCGUUCACACUAGCAAGCAACACAGAAACGUUUGUUCGUUUCCUUUGUACCCGCGUGACAAUUAGCCACUAUUUUACUGAUGGUAUGACAUGUUAAAUUGCAAAACGACAAAUCAAAACAAUUGGAGUAUACUGGAAGUAUUUCUAAGACCGGUCAUGUGGUCUUGACACUUCUUCAGUUUCUUCUUCCACACUCAGACUUACUGCGAUUUCAUCGUUUCUUCACGCGGACGACGUUUCGCAAAUUUUGUAUAGGGACAUUAUGAAGAAACCUAAAUCUCGGAAGGAGGUAGCAGAGCUCCUCGGUUCCCCUUGUGGAAAAACAUAGCCAGUACAAAUAGCGAUAACAUGCAAAUCAAACACAAAUACCUAUAAAUGUAUUUCAAAUGAGUUGUGUGGUAAAUCCAAAACGCAGUGAUGACAAUUUCCACGCCCGCAAGAGAGAAACCACAAACAUGAGCAACUCGCGUGCUAGCGUGAACAUAAGGUUCUGCGUCCUUCGACACUGCCUUGGCUUGUAGAAUGUUUUUGGACUCGUAGCGCUCCUCUGCUCCUCUGAUAUGCACUAGAGAUAGUCUUUAUUACUGGAAUUAGUGGCCUUGAACUUGUGCAACAUGUGUGUGUGUAUGUAUAUAACGCGACUCGAUGAGAUUUUCCCAUGCUAGUUUACGUAUAAAUCCACACAGUGAUCACGGAGAGACUUUUAAGCUGUUCGAGGUUCCCUCUUCUACUUUCUUCUAGCUGUAUUUCACUACGCUUUUUCUUCUGAGUCUGAUUCUGAGUUUUAGCUGCUUGUGUCUGAAAAAGCAUCAAUAUCGUGAUGAUCAACUGUGAAAUUAGAUAACACGAGACAAGUCUUCAGAUUCAGAUCAUCUGAACCGGAAAAUGUUUUUAUAUUUUGGUGCUUCCUCUUUCACACUAUUCGUCCUCAGGGUGUCGUGCUUUUAAUACGGGUAUAAAGCGAAUCAGUUUUUUUUUAAAGGGGAAGUGACAAAGUGGGCGUGCGACUGGAACUGUGAUGAUUACUCGACCUCAGUUGAUGUAAAGACGGUAAUUUUUUUUAUUGUUUUGUAUGAUCUUGAGUUAUGUUUUUUUGCAGCCUCUUGUGUGGGUAAGAAACAAAAAGAAUCUGGAAGCUGUGAUGAAUUUUGCGAGAUUCGUUUUUUUUCUCUGGAAGGAAAAGUUGGCAUUCUGUUUUCAACGAUUCUGUUGGAUUUUGUGGAUUCUGUGUGCGAGACAAUGAGCUGUGUGUGUGUGUGUGCGUGUGUGUGUGUGUGUGUGUGUAUUUACUUUUUUUAAUUUUCUUUUUUGUUUUACUUUUUAUUCAUUUAGCUGUCACAUUUAAUAUUAACAGCCAGAUCUCUGCUGAUUUUCCACACAUCUAUCUACCUCAUGAAGUUGGAGUCUGGCGAGUCUCUCUCUCUCUCUCUCUCUCUCUCUCUCUCUCUCUCUCUCACACUCACUCGCUCUCUCUCACACACACACAAUUCCAUGUAUACACUGCAACAUUUCCUCUUUCGACUGCUAAACCUGUGACUAAAACUUGCCUUAACUUUUUUACUUUUUUAAGCAGAAAAAAAAAAAUCAAACAGCAUCAGGAGACCAUAUGGAGUCUUUUCUCAUUACAAACCGAUCACUGCAAGUUUUGUCAUCUGCUUUUUUUGUUGUUGUUUUGUUUUGAACUAAAGUUUUGAAAGUUUUGUGUCCUACAGUACAAAGGCUACACACUUUAUAGCCCUUUUGGUAUGGGGAGUGUUUGCUAGUCAUAUUUCAUUCAUCUUGUCAGUGAAUAAAAAUAGGAGCAGAAGAAAUCACUAGGUGCAGGCUGAUGUAACAUUGACCUCACUUUCUUUUCAUUAAAGGAAUAGAUAGAAAAUAUUUUAGCACUAGAUAAAGUGCUCUUAGAUUGUCUGAUAUGUGAAUUAUUUUCUACUGUACAGAUUUUUUUUUUUAUUCAAGUUAGGGACCGAUCCACGCCUACUGAUUCCUUAGCAUCUUUGCUGUCUGUAUUUCUAUCUACACUAGUGACAUGACUAGAUUUGGUUAAAUAUAAAUCAUAUUUAUUUGCUCUUUUACAUUUUGUACCUUUUUUUUUUUUUGGGCUUGUUUUUAUAAAUGUCUGCGCUUUUCUUUCUUAUUUUUAAACAGUUGUCGAUACCUCAGUAGCACAACGGCAUCAGAACAACUUUUGUAUAUUUCAUUUUGAUGUGAAGUUUACAGGUUCUUAUUUUUUUUUUUUUGGGAAAUGGACCGAAGUGUUUUCUAUACUCUGUACAUUUCUUAGAAUAAAAAAAAACAAAGAAA